UGGCAUGCCGUCGUACGCGCGUGGCGAAAAUGGUGUCUGGUGCUGAACAACAACAGGGCCACAGAGCAGGGGUUUAUAAACAGAAAAAUAAAGGACAUAAACAUGGCAAACAUCGGACGAAAGGAGAAAUCGAACGGGAGAACAAGGGUACGUUUUUGAAUGAGGAAUGUGGCCCUUUCUGUCGCUGGUUGUAGCAAUGGACAUGCUGCUGCUGUCGAACACGUGCUUCAAGUUAUGUUUCGGAAGUAGCUUUAGCUGUGUAUGUGGGAACUCCAUACUUUCGAUGUCAUAUCGUGAAAUGAGCGUUUAAUCUCACUGUCAUGUAACAGUUUAGCGUUCAAGCCUUGACACAUGGUAGCUGAUGAAAUCAAACGACGAUCGUCAUUAGCUUGCGAUAAGAAAGCAUUACACAUCACAAUUCUGUAGCUAGACACAUGGAUGUGUCAAGGCUAGUAACUUAACAGUUCGUGGUAGUGUCUGUCAGUAAUCACAUCAACAGGACCAUUCUCAAAACGCUCCCGUUACAUUAGCGGACUAAACUCCACUCCAUGGUGAAGGACAUUUCUGAUAACUCCACCAAUGGAGUGGAACAGAAACCAGGCUUUAUGGAAUCUAGCUCCGACUAAAUCGAUUCGUCCAAGGUCAAUACUUAAAAAAAUGAACAUUACGAAACGCCUACCUUGUACCCAUGUUUGUCUUCUGUAGAUACGUGCCUUUCUUUAUUUGCAGAAAUCCAUAUAUUUUCAAUAAACAUUAAUCAAAUACAACCACUGACAGUUUCCUUGUUGAGAUUCAAUUGGCAUUUGCGCUGUGUUGCCAUCUUAGAGCAACAGCAAUGAGCAAACAGUGGUUGUAUUUGAUUAACGUUUAUUGAAAAUGUAUAGAUUUCAUAAUUAACGUUUUUUGAAGUAUUGAGGUUGGGCGAAUCGAUGUAGUCAGAGCUAGAUUCCACAAAGCCUGGUCUCUGCUCCACUCUGUUGGUGGAGUCAUCAGAAACUUCCUUAACCAUGGAGUGGAGUUUAGUCCGCUACCCUUACAUCAACUGUAAUUGUCUGUUAGUGCACAUGUUGGUAGCCGAUCUCUGUCAUGUACCUUUGAAUGAUGUCAUCCCCAACAGGUAGAGUGUCGGUGACUGCUCUUACCAAGAAACAGAGGAAAGAGGCGAGAAAGAUGGACAAAAGACACAAAGCCAACCAGCUGCGGCAAAAUAAGAAGGACCUGGUAAGAUGCUCUUGCAUUUGACACAAUGUCACUUUGGAACCACAGUGGUAUGAAUCGGACAAGUUAAAGGUAGACUCAGCGUUAUGAAAUUCCAACAAGGAGCACCGCAGAUAUUGAGAUGAACGUGAUGCAAGACUUUGCAUUCACACAGAGUAUCUGCUACAACGUGGUAGCUACAGGACCAAAACAGAGGAGAAGUUUAACAUCGAUGCGUUCUUAAUUGUUGUGGAAAUCGUCCCGAUAUUGCUAUUACUUCAUGCAUUGCUGAGUCUACCUUUUAAUGCUACGUGUUUGUCCUGUCCAGGUCCUGGCAGAGAAACGUCGUCUGGGCAGCAGGGAUGGCCCACCCCACCUGGUGGCUGUGGUUGCCCUCCAUGCAGGUGUGGAUGCUGAGGCUGUGACCAGGCUGCUGCGGUGUGAGGAGGCUGGCGGGCUGGUGCGUGAGGAGAACAGUGUGUGCGGGGUCAGUGACAGCUUUGGCCUGGUCAUGCCCCGCUUCAAACAGAGGUUCACCUUCCUCCGCCCAGACACAGGUAACUCACCGACUUGGCUACUACAAUGUGAUUGUGUUGUCAACACUAAAGUUAUAUAGAUAAUGACCUGAUACUGAUUUAUAGUUUAUGUAAGUAUAAUCCAUGUCUGGCUGUACCGAACAUUUAUAAGGGGCAUUCUGAGUAAUUCAUUUACAUUUUAAUAAUUUAGCAGACGCUCUUAUCCAGUGCGACUUACAGGAGCAAUUAGGGUUAAGUGCCUUGCUCAAGGGCACAUCGACAUAUUUUCCACCUAGUCGGCUCGGGGAUUCGAACCAGUGACCUUUCGGUUACUGGCCUAAUGCUCUUAACCGCUAGGCUACCUGCCAUCAUUCGAUGCUAACACUAGUUCUGAUCCGGUAACAUUACCUCUGACUCUAUGUCCUCCCUCUCCCUUCUCUCUCUAGCUGACAUGCACUCUCUACUGGACGUGGUGAAGGUAGCAGACAGUCUGGUGUUUGUGCUGGACUCUACAGAAGGCUGGGACAGCUAUGGAGACCACUGCCUCUCCUGUCUCUUUUCACAGGGGCUGCCCGCCCAUGGUGAGCUUCCAUACAAGCUAUCCCAAAUAGAUGCUCACAGUACACUGGAUUUUGUUCAACUUUUCCUCUCCCCUUGCUGAUUAGCUAAAUGUUUAGCAGAUUACAUACUGUAGAUAUUAUACUGAUUAUUUUACUCAAAAUCAACUACCCAACCCCUUUUCUCUGCAUACACUGUCAUCUCUAUUCUAUAUAACCUCCACUUCUCUCUCCUGUCAUCUCUAUCCUAUAUAACCUCCACUUCUCUCUCCUGUCAUCUCUAUCCUAUAUAACCUCCACUUCUCUCUCCUGUCAUCUCUAUCCUAUAUAACCUCCACUUCUCUCUCCUGUCAGCUCUAUCCUAUAUAACCUCCACUUCUCUCUCCUGUCAUCUCUAUCCUAUAUAACCUCCACUUCUCUCUCCUGUCAUCUCUAUCCUAUAUAACCUCCACUUCUCUCUCCCCCAGCUCUGGUGUGUCAGGGUGUUUCAGACCUGGCAGUGAAGAAGCGUGUGGACUCACGGCGGGCGCUGGCCAAGAUAUCCGAAAUCCGCUUCCCUGGGGCGCGCCUCUUCCCCCUGGACUCAGACCAGGACGCCAUACUGAUGCUCAGACACCUGGGAGCACAGAGGCAGAGGAGGCUGGGCUUCCGCUCCCGUCGACCUCACCUCCUGGCCCAGCAGGUCUCCUACACCCCCAACAGCUCUGAGGAGGGGAGCGGGGGAGCCCCCAUGGGCCUGGGGACCCUGCGUGUGUCUGGGUAUGUCCGAGGCUGCCCUCUGCAGGUGGACAGGCUGGUGCACAUCUCUGGAUUUGGAGACUUCCAGCUCAGUCAGAUCGAUGCGCCCAUAGACCCUCUUCCCCUCAACUCUAUGACCCCUCGCCCUGCCAAGCCAGGGAAGGAAGGAGACGUAGACAUGCAGGUGGGUCUCUCAAAAUCAAACCAAAUGUAUUUAUAAAGCCCUUUUACAUCAGCAGAUAUCGCAAAGUGCUUAUACAGAAACCCAGCCUAAAACCCCAAAGAGCAAGCGAUGCAGAUGGAGAAGCACAGUGGUUAGGAAAAACUCCCUAGGAAGAAACCUAGAGAGGAGCCAGUCUCUGAGGGGUGGCCAGUCCUCUUCUGGCUGAGAUUUAGAAGAGUACAUGGCCAUUAAGGCCAGAUCGUUCUUCAAGAUGUUCAAAUGUUCAUAGAUGACCAGCAGAGUCAAAUAAUAAUCACAAUGGUUGUAGAGGUUGCAACAGGUCAGUACAUUAGGAGUAAAUGUCAGUUGGCUUUUCAUAGCCGAGCAUUCAGAGGUUGAGGCUGCAGGUGCGGUAGAGAGAGGAAAACAGCAGGUCCGGGACAAGGUAGCACGUCCGGUGAACAGGUCAGGGUUCCAUAGGCAGAACAGUUAACUGGAGCAGCAGCACCACCUGGGUUACAGGGACAGCCAGGAGUCAUCAGGCCAGGUAGGCCUGAGGCAUUGUCCUAGGGCUCAGGUUGUCCGGGAGGGGAGGGAGAGAGAAUUAGAGGGUGCAUACUUAAAUUCACACGGGACACCAGAUAAGACAGGAGAAUUUCACCAGAUAGGACAGACUGACCCUAGCCCCCCCGGCACAUAGACUACUGUAGCAUAGAUAAUGGAGGCUGAGACGGUGAUUCGAGGGACACUGUGGGCCUGUCUGCCGAUACCCCCGGACAGGGCCAACCAGGCAGGAUAUAACCCCACCCACUUUGCCAAAGCACAGCCCCCACACCACUGGAGGGAUAUCAACAGACCACCAAUUUACUGAGUAUAGCCCACGAAGAUCUCCUCCACUGCACGUGCCCGAGGGGGCGCAAAACCGGACAGGAAGAUCACGUCAGUGACUCAACCCCCGGUCAGAGGCAGAGAAUCCUAGUGGAGAGAGGGGAGCCGGCCAGGUAGAGACGGCAAGGGUGGUUUGUCACUCCAUUGCCUUGCCCUUCACCUUAGUACCCCUGGGUCAGACUACACUCAAUCAUAGGACCUACUGAAGAGAUGUCUUCAGUAAGACUUAAGGGUCGAGACGGAGUCGGAGUCUCUCUCAAGGAUCAGCAGACCAUUCCGUAAAAAUGUUGCUCUAUAGGAGAAAGCCCUGCCUCCAGCUGUUUGCUUAGAAAUUCGAGGGACAAUGAGGACUGCGUCUUGUGACCGUAGCGUACGUGUAGGUAUGUACGGCAGGACCAAGUCGGAGAGAUGGGUAGGAGUAAGUCCAGGUAAUGCUUUGUAGGUUAGUAGUAAAACCUUGAAAUCAGCCCUAGCCUUAACAGGAAGCCAGUGUAGAGAGGCUAGAACAGGAGUAAUAUGAUCAAUUUAUUUAGGUUCUAGUCAAGAUUCUAGCAGCCGUGUUUAGCACUAACUGAAGUUUAUUUAGUGCUUUAUCCGGGUAGCCGGAGAGUAGAGCAUUGCAGUACUCUAAUCUAGAAUGGCAUGGAUUAGCUUUUCUGCAUCAUUUCUGGACAAAAGGUUACUGAUUUUUGCAAUGUUACGAAGAUGGUCACAGCUUAUCACGGGCUGAUAUCAUUACAUUGAAAAUUGACAGUGAUUUAAUUAAUCAUUUACAAACACUAGUAAAGACAUUUAUCAGCGCUGCUUCUGCUCGUUGACAGUAGGUGCUAACUGCUCUCUAUGCGUUUCAGGAUGGUGGUGUUGAUGAGGUGGCAUCAGUGCGGGUGCUGAUGAAGGCAGACCCAGCUCGCAGGGAGAGUCUGCAGGCCGAGGCAGAGGUAGACCCCAUGGAUGGAGAGCAGACCUGGCCCACUGAUACUGAACUGCUGGAGGCUGAAGGUAAAGGGAGAGAGUGGGCAGAGUUGUAGAGGGUCGCUACAUUGAAUUACAUGAUAGAUCUAUGGUCGCAGUGCUCUUGUUGGCAUGGGUACUUUGAACCGGUUCAUGUCAACACAUUGAGUUUACUAUUCUCUCUGGGUUGACAAUGUAAUGAACGUAUCUCUAAUAAAUGUUUCUCCUCGUCCUUCCCUCAGAGGCCAGAAAGAGCAAGCGUGUUAUGAAGGUGCCUAAGGGGACAUCAGACUACCAGGCCACGUGGAUUGUGGAUGAGGAGGAUGAGAAUUGCGAGGAGGAUGAAGAGAGCACUGACGAUGAGGAUGAUGAGGAUUUGAUGAUGGACGAGUCCAUAGAUGGAGAGGACCUUGACUCUCAGGUGGUGAGUACACUCCACAGCCUGGGAAACUGAAAAGGCUGCACAGAAGAAUGCUUAUGUAUGUAUUUCCGGCACGUAUAGCAUUAGUUUCAAGUUUUAAUGUCACGUGCACAAGUACAGUGAAAUGCCUUUCUUGCAAGCACUAAACCCAACAAUGCAGUAAUCCAUAUCAAUGAAAUACUAAAAAAUAACAAGGUAGAACAAAAACACGUGAGAAAUAGAAAUUAGAACACGAGAAAGUAAGAAGCUAUAUACAGGGUCAGUUUCAAUACCAUAUUUACAAUGUGCAGGAAUACUGGGGUGAUAGAGGAUGAUAUGUAUAGGGGUAAGAUGACUAGGCAUCAGGAUGUAAGACAGAGUAGCAGCAGCGUAAAUGAAGAUUGUAUGUGAGUGUGUGUCGAGUCAGUAUGAAUGUGUGCAUGUUAUCUGUUAGUUUGUUGUGGUGUCAGUGUGCGUGAAUGUGUAGAGUCCUAUGAGUGUUCAUAGAGACGGUGGAAAAAGAAAUACAAGGGUUAACUCAGUCCGCGUAGCCAUUUAAUACAGAAGAAAGAGCGACAACCGUUGUGCUGACCACAUCCUGUCCCAGGGCAUUGGGUGCACUGCUAAGGUGUUUGUUUACCCUCUGCCUGUUGCCAUGGCAAUAGUGAAACCACUAAAGAUAAGCAGAAGAGGUAGUGCAAGGAGAAGAGGGUGAUCCGUUGGUAGUCUGAGUUGAUUGUUGAGAUGUCUGAACUGAUGUGGGGUGAUGCGGAAGACGUCAGGGGGAAGCAGCUCGGACAGGACAAUGAUUGGUGGAGAAAAAAAGUGGCGGACGCCGAACAGUUCAGUGUGUGGUUGGGGGUGGAAGAGUGUAUACGUGACCCGUGGUUAGUGCGCAGUGCGGCACAGCACCACUGUUUGUUUUCUCAGUGUCUGCCUCUGGGCUGUAGUGCCAGGCUGCUCACCUUGGCAACAAUAGUGUUUGGAGCAGGGGUCCCGAGAGAAGCCUCCUGACUUCCUGCUCCGUGGACACAACUUCCUGUCUGGACCAGGGGAGGGGCCGGCCAUUUAUUUAUAACAGCCCUGCUUGAAAGAAGGGGGGAAAAUCUUCAAUGGUCGAAAAGGUUCAGCUCCAGUUAUUAGCAUGUGUUUGAUGUCGGGGUUAGACAGGAUUUAACAUCUAGGAGAUGUUAACAAUGGAUGAAAUGGUGCUGAUCAUUAUUAUUAUUGCAGCUGGGAUUGUUCUAAAGGUUGUGAAUCUACCCCAUGCAGUGUGGAUUCCCCCCUCAUGUAUCUCUCGCUUACUGUAGUGCCACUUCCGUGAGAACCACUUGUACACUUCUUCUAACUUCAUUACUGGAAAUUAGGUUUAUAACUAGUAUAAAGGCCUUGUCUUUAACCUAAUUUAAGACCAGUUGUUCACAUUACAUAUAUGAUGUAGUAGUAUACAGCUCUGCAGUAGAAACUUGUGAUGGGGGGAAAAAUCGAUAGUUACAUGUCGGGAUAUAAUUUGACGAUAUAUCGUAUUGUUUUGACAAUAUCACAAUAUUAUUUUUGCGCUAGUUGGCUGUACCUGCACCAAAACUCAAGUAUUUUCCCCUUCAUAGCUUGUUCUCCAUCUUCUUUUUAAAGGAGACCAGUUUUUCACCACUUUUAUUUCUAUGACUGUUCAACUCAUUUUCUCAUGGCUCUCUCUUGUCCCUCUGCAGUAGACAUAUGGUGAGAAAUAUGUUUGGAACAUCGAAUUGCAAUAAAAUCACAGUAUUGAUCCGCAAGACGUAUAGAAUCGUGAGAAUCACGAUACAUAUCGAAUCGGCACCGAAGUAUCGUGAUAAUAUCGUAUUGUGAGGUGCCUGGCAAUUCCCAGCCCUAGUAGAAACUUCCUGUCUUUUCCUGUUUGGUUUAGGAUGCUGCUUCAGGUGGUGGCUCUGAUGAGGAGGAUGAGGAGGAAGAGCUGAAUUCCACAUCAGACAAGGGUGGAGCAGACCAGCGUUAUGAUGAGCACAUGGAUGAGGCGGAGGAAGGGGAGGGCUUAAAACGCUACAGGGAGGCUCGGGCCAAUGAGAUGUUCCCAGAUGAAGUGGACACACCUCUAGACCAAUCGGCUAAGAACAGGUAAGGGCAUGACUAUCAUAUUGUCUACUACCAAACACAGUGGCCCCUUACUUUUCCUUCAGUGCAGUAUAGGACCCUCUGCUCUCAGUGUAGGCUACAACACAGAGGGGGCUGUCUAAGCAAAACCAUUCAACCGAUCCAUGAAAACGACAUGCAACAUCGGCAGUUGACCCAUGGCUCACACACAGGUAACUGCCAAAAUAAAGGAAAUGGCAACAUAAAGUGUCUUAAUAGGGCAUUGGGUCGCCAAAACAGCUUCAGUGCACCUUGGCAUAGAUUCUACAAGUGUCUGGAACUCUAUUGGAGUGAUGCGACACCAUUCUUACACGAUAAAUUCAGUCUUUUGGUGUUUUGUUGAUCGUGGUGGAAAACGCUGUCUCGGGUGCCGCUCCAGAAUCUCCGAUAAGUGUUAAAUUGGGUGACUGGUGACUAAGACACACAUACCCUUUAAACCCCCUAUGCUCCUUUGAGACCCCUCUUUCAAGGUCACUGAGAUCUCUUCUUCCAGCCAUGGUAGCCAAAAUAAUGGGCAACUGGACCUAUUUAUACAUGACCCUAAGCAUGUUACCUUUAUUUAGGCAGUUACCUGUACAUUUGAGUUGAUAUUUACAUUUGGGAAAAUGGUCACGCAGAAUGUGAUAACCUUGAAGAACAGAUCAUUUCCAGCCAGUGACUUGAUCCUGACCUCUAAUCAAAGGGCCAGUGCACUCCAAGAUUUAACAUUUAUUUGAGCAACACUCAGGGGAAAGUCUGAGGGGGGAGGAAUGCACCAAACAAGUCGAACAGAUGGUCAUAUGUAAUAGACAAUGCCUUCGAGCCGUUAACGCCCAAACUUUACUUUCCAGGAAGACUGGCCCAGCGUAAUUACUAAGCUAUAUGUUGACGUUGCUAAUUUCCUGUGUGCUCAGGUUCCAGCGUUAUAGGGGCCUGAAGAGUUUCCGCUCCUCCCCCUGGGACCCCAUGGAGAACCUGCCUGCAGACUACUCCCGCAUCUUCCAGUUCCAGAGCUUUGAGCGCACACGCCGCCGCGUACUAGCGGAGGCUGCGCAGGAGGAAGAGGGGGCCAUGGUAAGAGGCUGCCGUGUGUGUGACAUGUUUCAACCCUGUUCCCUCUCUGUGCCCCCAAUCUAUUAAGUCUGCUCUGCUCUCUAGGUGGGCUGGUAUGUGACCCUCCAUGUAGUGGAUGUACCCCCCACGGUGAUGGAGAGUGUCCAGGCAGGCAGGCCUCUGGUGCUGAUCUCCUUACUGCCACAUGAACAGAAGGUAUACUGUAUUGGGAUACUCCUGAAUUAUUGUGUCCUAAGUCUAAAAGUUAAUAAUUGUAACCCAUUUCUGCUGUAAAAUAUGUUGGUAAAGGUGUAGACAAACUACAGAAAAAUAUAAAUUAUGAAUAUAUAUACACACUACCGUUCAAAAGUUUGGGGUCACUUAGAGAUUUCCUUGUUUUCGAAAGAAACAAUUUUAUUUCACCUUUACUUAACCAGGUAAGACAGUUGAGAACAAGUUCUCAUUGCGACUAGUUGAGUAUCUGGAGCAUCAGCCAUUGUGGGUUCGAUUACAGGCUCAAAAUGGCCAGAAACAAAUCACUUUCUUCUGAAACUCGUCAGUCUAUUCUUGUUCUGAGAAAUGAAGGCUAUUCGAUGCGAGAAAUUGCCAAGAAACUGAAGAUCUCGUACAAUGCUGUGUACUACUCCCUCCACAGAACAGCGCAAACAGGCUCUAACCAGAAUAGAAAGAGGAGUGGGAGGCCCCGGUGCACAACUGAGCAAGAGGACUAAUACAUUAGUGUCUAGUUUGAGAAACAGACGCCUCACAGGUCCUCAACUGGCAGCUUCAUUAAAUAGUACCCGCAAAACACCAGUCUCAACGUCAACAGUGAAGAGGCGACUCCGGGAUGCUGACCUUCUAGGCAGAGUUGCAAAGAAAAAGCCAUAUCUCAGACUGCCCAUCUUAAUCUUUUCUUUUUAUUGGCCAGUCUGAGAUAUGGAUUUUUCUUUGCCACCCUGCCUAGAAGGUCAGCAUCCCGGAGUCGCCUCUUCACUGUUGACAUUGAGACUGGUGUUUUGCGGGUACUAUUUAAUGAAGCUGCCAGUUGAGGACCUAUGAGGGGUCUGUUUCUCAAACUAGACACUCUAACAGCUUUGCACACUCUUGGCAUUCUCUCAACCAGCUUCACCUGGAAUGCUUUUCCAACAGUCUUGAAGGAGUUCCUAUAGUGAGGGAAAAAAGUAUUUGAUCCCCUGCUGAUUUUGUACGUUUGCCCACUGACAAAGACAUGAUCAGUCUAUAAUUUUAAUGGUAGGUUUAUUUGAAGAGUGAGAGACAGAAUAACAACAAAAAAAUCCAGAAAAACGCAUGUCAAAAUGUUUUACAUUUAUUUGAAUUUUAAUGAGGGAAAUAAGUAUUUGACCCCUCUGCAAAACAUGACUUAGUACUUGGUGGCAAAACCCUUGUUGGCAAUCACAGAGGUCAGACGUUUCUUGUAGUUGGCCACCAGGUUUGCACACAUCUCAGGAGGGAUUUUGUCCCACUCCUCUUUGCAGAUCUUCUCCCAAGUCAUUAAGGUUUCGAGGCUGACGUUUGGCAACUCGAACCUUCAGCUCCCUCCACAGAUUUUCUAUGGGAUUAAGGUCUGGAGACUGGCUAGGCCAUUCCAGGACCUUAAUGUGCUUCUUCUUGAGCCACUCUUUUGUUGCCUUGGCCAUGUGUUUUGGGUCAUUGUCAUGCUGGAAUACCCAUCCACGACCCAUUUUCAAUGCCCUGGCUGAGGGAAGGAGGUUCUCACCCAAGAUUUGACGGUACAUGGCCCUGUCCAUCGUUCCUUUGAUGUGGUAAAGUUGUCCUGGCCCCUUAGCAGAAAAACACCCCCAAAGCAUAAUGUUUCCACCUCCAUGUUUGACGGUGGGGAUGGUGUUCUUGGGGUCAUAGGCAGCAUUCCUCCUCCUCCAAACACAGCGAGUUGAGUUGAUGCCAAAGAGAUCGAUUUUGGUCUCAUCUGACCACAACACUUUCACCCAGUUCUCAGCUGAAUCAUUCAGAUGUUCAUUGGCAAACUUCAGACGGGUCUGUAUAUGUGCUUUCUUGAGCAGGGGGACCUUGCGGGCGCUGCAGGAUUUCAGUCCUUCACGGCAUAGUGUGUUACCAAUUGUUUUCUUGGGGACUAUGAUCCCAGUUGCCUUGAAAUCAUUGACAAGAUUCUCCCGUGUAGUUCUGGGCUGAUUCCUCACCGUUCUCAUGAUCAUUGCAACUCCACGAGGUGAGAUCCUGCAUGGAGCCCCAGGCCGAGGGAGAUUGACAGUUAUUUUGUGUUUCUUCCAUUUGCGAAUAAUCGCACCAACUGUUGUCACCUUCUCACCAAGCUGCUUGGCGAUGGUUUUGUAGCCCAUUCCAGCCUUGUGUAGGUCUACAAUCUUGUCCCUGACAUACUUGGAGAGCUCUUUGGUCUUGGUCAUGGUGGAGAGUUUGGAAUCUGAUUGAUUGCUUCUGUGGACAGGUGUCUUUUAUACAGGUAACAAGCUAAGAUUAUGAGUACUCCCUUUAAGAGUGUGCUCCUAAUCUCAGCUCGUUACCUGUAUAAAAGACACCUGGGAGCCAGAAAUCUUUCUGAUUGAGAGGGGGUCAAAUACUUAUUUCCCUAAUUAAAAUGCAAAUCAAUUUAUAACAUUUUUGACAUGUGUUUUUCUGGAUUUUUUUGUUGUCAUUCUAUCUCUCACUGUUCAAAUAAACCUACCAUUAUAAUUAUAGACAGAUAAUUUCUUUGUCAGUGGGCAAACGUACAAAAUCAGCAGGGGAUCAAAUACUUUUCCCCCUCACUGUACAUAUGCUGAGCACUUGUUGGCUGCUUUUCCUUCACUCUGCGGUCCGACUCAUCCCAAACCAUCUCAAUUUAUUUGAGGUCGGGGGAUUUUGGAGGCCAGGUCAUCUGAUGCAGCACUGCAUCACUCUCCUUCUUGGUAAAAUAGCACUUACACAGCCUGAAGGUGUGUUGGGUCAUUGUCCUGUUGAAAAACAAAUGAUAGUCCCACUAAGCCCAAAUCAGAUGGGAUGGUGUAUCGCUGCAGAAUGCUGUGGUAGCCAUGCUGGUUAAGUGUGCCUUGAAUUCUAAAUAAAUCACAGACAGUGUCACCAGCAAAGCACCCCCACAACAUAACACCUCCUCCUCCAUGCUUUACGGUGUGAAAUACACAUGCGGAGAUCAUCCGUUCACCCACACCGCGUCUCACAAAGAAAUGGCGGCUGGAACCAAAGAUCUCCAAUUUGGACUCCAGACCAAAGGACACAUUUCCACCGGUCUAAUGUCCAUUGCUCGUGUUUCUUGGCCCAAGCACGUCUCUUCUUCUUAUUGGUGUCCUUUAGUAGUGGUUUCUUUGCAGCAAUUUGACGAUGAAGGCCUGAUUCACGCAGUCUCCUCUGAAGAGUUGAUGUUGAGAUGUCUUUUACUUGAACUAUAAAGCAUUUAUUUGGUCUGCAAUUUCUGAGGCUGGUAACUCUAAUGAAUUUAUUCUCUACAGCAGAGGUAACUCUGGGUCUUCCAUUCCUUUGGCGGUCCUCAUGAGAGCCAGUUUCAUCAUAGCGCUUGAUGGUUUUUGCGACUACACUUUUAGAAACGUUCCGUAUUGACUGACCUUCAUGUCUUAAAGUAAUGAUGGACUGUUGUUUCUCUUUGCUUAUUUGAGCUGUUCUUGCCAUAAUAUGGACUUGGUCUUCUACCAAAUAGGGCUAUCUUCUGUAUUCCCCCUACCUUGUCACAACACAACUGAUUAGCUCAAACGCAUUAAGAAGGAAAGAAAUUCCACAAAUUACCUUUUAAGAAGGCACACCUGUUAAUUGAAAUGCAUUCCAGGUGACUACCUAAUGAAGCUGGUUGAGAGAAUUCCAAGAGUGUGCAAAGCUGUCAUCAAGGCAAAGUGUGGCUAUUUGAAGAAUCUCAAAUAUAAAAUAUAUUUUGAUUUGUUUAACACUUUUUUGGUUACUACAUGAUUCCAUAUGUGUUAUUUCAUAGUUUUGAUGUCUUCACUAUAUAUCUACAAUGUAAAAAUAAGAAAAACCCUUGAAUGAGUAGGUGUGACUUUUGACUGGUAGUGUACAUGAACAAUGAUUGUAAAGCUUAGAAAAACAAUAAAACACUAUGCACAAUGACUACCUUUAACAAUUUCCACAGAAAAUUGAACCAAACACAUUUACUUGAAGAACAGAAUGACUGCACAAACAGCACAAACCGUCAUUCUGUUACCAAAUAUAAAAUAUAUUUUCAUUUGUUUAACACUUUUUGGGUUACUACAGUGGCUUGCGAAAGUGUUCACCCCCCUUGGCAUUUUUCCUAUUUUGUUGCCUUACAACCUGGAAUUAAAAUUGAUUUUUUGGGGGGUUUUAUCAUUUGAUUUACACAACAUACCUACUACUUUGAAGAUGCAGAAUAUUUUUUAUUGUGAAACAAACAAGAAAUAAAACAAAAAAAACAACUUGAGUGUGCAUAACUAUUCACCCCCACCAAAGUAAGUCAAUACUUUGUAGAGCCACCUUUUGCAGCAAUUACAGCUGCAAGUCUCUUGGGGUAUGUCUCUAUAAGCUUGGCACAGCUAGCCACUGGGAUUUUUGCCCAUUCUUCAAGGCAAUACUGCUCCAGAUCCUUCAAGUUGGAUGGGUUCUGCUGGUGUACAGCAAUCUUUAAGUCAUACCACAGAUUCUCAGUUGGAUUGAGGUCUGGGCUUUGACUAGGCCAUUCCAAGACAUUUAAAUGUUUCCCUUUAAACCACUCGAGUGUUGCUUUAGCAGUAUGCUUAGGGUCAUUGUCCUGCUGGAAGGUGAACCUCUGACCCAGUCUCUCAAAUCUCUGGAAGACUGAAACAGGUUUCCCUCAAGAAUUUCCCUGUAUUUAGCGCCAUCCAUCAUUCCUUAAAUUCUGACCACUUUAUUCUGGCCACUCUUCCGUAAAGCCCAGCUCUGUGGAGUGUACGGCUUAAAGUGGUCCUAUGGACAGAUACUCCAAUCUCCGCUGUGGAGCUUUGCAGCUCCUUCAGGGUUAUCUUUUGUCUCUUUGUUGCCUCUCUGAUUAAUGCCCUCCUUGCCUGGUCCCUGAGUUUAGGUGGGCAGCCAUAUUCUUUCCAUUUUUUAAUAAUGGAUUUAAUGGUGCUCCGUGGGAUGUUCAAAGUUUCAGAUAUUUUUUUAUAACCCAACCCUGAUCUGUACUUCUCCUCAACUUUGUCCCUGACCUGUUUGGAGAGCUCCUUGGUCUUCAUGGUACCGCUUGCUUGGUGGUGCCCCUUGCUUAGUGGUGUUGCAGAUACUGGGGCCUUUCAGAACAGGUGUGUGUGUGUGUGUGUGUGUGUGUGUGUGUGUGUGUGUGUGUGUGUGUAUAUAUAUACUGAGAUCAUGUGACACUUAGAUUGCACACAGGUGGACUUUAUUUAACUAAUUAUUUGACUUCUGAAGGUAAUUUGUUGCACCAUAUCUUAUUUAGGGGCUUCAUAGCAAAGGUGAAUACUAAUGCAUGCACCACUUUUCCAUUAUUUAUUUUGUAGAAUUUUGAGACAAGUAAUUUUUUUCAUUUCACUUCACCAAUUUGGACUAUUUUGUGUAUGUCCAUUACAUGAAAUCCAAAUAAAAAUCCAUUUAUAUUACAGGUGUAAUGCAAAAAAAUGGGAAGAACGCCAAGGGGGAUGAAUACUUUUCCAAAGGCACUAUUCCAUAUGUGUUAUUUCAUAGUUUUGAUGUCUUCGGUUAUUCUACAAUGUAGAAAAUAGUAAAAAAUAAAGAAAAACCCUGGAAUGAGUAGGUGUUCUAAAACUUUUGACCGGUAGUGUAUAUACACACAUAUGACCAGGAGUAUGUGGACACUUGCUCGUCGAACAUCUCAUUCCAAAAUCAUGGGCAUUAAUAUGGAGUUGGUCCCCCCUUUGCUGCUAUAACAGCCUCCACUCUUCUGGGAAGGCUUUCCACUAGAUGUUGGAACAUUGCUGCGGAGACUUGCUUCCAUUCAGUCCAAGAUCAUUAGUGAGGUCGGACACUGAUGUUGGGCGAUUAGGCCUGGCUUGCAGUCGGCGUUGUAAUUCAUCCCAAAGGUGUUCGAUGGAGUUGAGGCCAGGGCUCUGUGCUGGCCAGUCAAGUUCUUCCACACCGAUCUCGACAAACAGUUUCUGUAUGGACAUCGCUUUGUGCACGGGGGCAUUGUCUUGCUGAAAAAGGAAAGGGCCUUCUCCACAAAGUUGCAAGCACAGAAUCGUCUAGAAUGUCAUUGUAUGCUGUAGCGUUAAGAUUUCCCUUCACUGGAACUAAGGGGCCUAGCCUGAACCAUGAAAAACAGCCCCAGACCAUUAUUCCUCCUCCACCAAACUUUGCAGUUUGCACUAUGCAUUCGGGCAGGUAGCGUUCUUCUGGCAUCCGCCAAACCAAUAUUUGUCCGUCGGACUGCCAGAUGGUGAAGCGUGAUUCAUCACUCCAGAUUCCAAUGGUGGCAAGCUUUACACCACUCCAAACGAACAGUUCUUGUGCUGACGUUGCUUCCAGAGGCAGAGUGGGACUCGGUAGUGAUUUUUGCAACCGAGGACAGAUUAUUUUUACGCGCUACAGCACUCAGCGGUCCUGUUCUGUGAGCUUGUGUGGCCUUCCACUUUGCGGCUGAGUCGUUGCUCCUAGACGUUUCCACUUAACAAUAACAGCACUUUAAAAAACAAGCACUUGACUGGGGCAGUUCUGGCAGGGCAGAAAUUUGACACUGACUUGUUGGAAAGGUGGCAUCCUAUGACGAUGCCACGUUGAAAUUCACUGAGCUCUUCAGUACGGGCCAUUCUACUGCCAGUGUUUGUCUAUGGGGAUUGCAUGGCUGUGUGCUCGAUUUUAUACACCUGUCGGCAAUGGGUGUGGCUGAAAUAGCCGAAUCCACUAAUUUGAAGGGGUGUCCACAUACGUUUGGCUAUGUAGUAUGUAUGUUUGUUUAUUUAUAUAUAUCUAAAAAUUAUAAUUCUAACAACCCUAGCUAAUGGUCUUAACUCUAUAGUUCGUUAGAAACUAUUCUUCCAGCUCCUUACCCUUUGAUUGCUUUCCAUCCUGUGUGAUCAGAUGUCAGUGAUGCACAUGCUGGUGAGGAGACACCCCAGCAACACAGACCCUAUCAAAUCUAAAGAGGAGCUGGUGUUCCACUGUGGAUUCAGGAGGUUCAGGGCCUGCCCCAUCUUCUCCCAGCACACAUCAGGUAGGGAGACCUGGCUAAACAGCACCAUUUAUGUCUUGAACAAAAUUGAAUAAAAAGUAUGGCAAAUAUGCUGACACUGUGUGGACUGGAGUAUUGUGUUUUGGCCAGCUUUCAGCACUUUAGCAUUAACAAAGCAAGUGAUACAACCAUUCAUUUUAUCUGUUUAUGUCUACAGUCAGUGUUAGGCUCGGUGUUGUAUCUAACCUGUGAUUGUCUCUCUCUCCAGCCGACAAGCACAAGCUGGAGCGUUUCCUUCGUGCCGAUGCUCCAACGGUGGUUUCUGUGUAUGCCCCCAUCACAUUCCCCACCGCUGGGGUACUGCUCUUCAAACAGAGGGAGGAUGGUAAGGGCCUGGAUAGUGAUGUUUGACUGACUUAGUAUUUCUCUACCUGUUUGAGGAUGGGGAAGGACAGAGGAACACACAGCCAUUCUUUGCUUCUGUGUCCAUAUAAAUGUCUGUGUAUCUGUGUGGCUGAAUUUGUGUGUUUACCUGUAUUUGAACCUGUAUCUCUUCUGUUCUCUACUUGUAUUUGAACAUGUAUCUCUCCUGUUUACCUGUAUUUGAACCUGUAUCUCUCCUGUUCUCUACCUGUAUUUGAACCUGUAUCUCUCCUGUUCUCUACCUGUAUCUCUCCUGUUCUCUACCUGGAUCUCUCCUGUUCUCUACCUGUAUUUGAGCCUGUAUCUCUCCUGUUCUCUACCUGUAUUUGAACCUGUAUCUCUCCUGUUCUCUACUUGUAUUUAAACAUGUAUCUCUCCUGUAUCUCUCCCGUUUACCUGUAUUUGAGCCUGUAUCUCUCCUGUUCUCUACCUGUAUUUGAACCUGUAUCUCUCCUGUAUUUGAACCUGUAUCUCUCCUGUUCUCUACCUGUAUCUCUCCUGUUCUCUACCUGUAUUUGAGCCUGUAUCUCUCCUGAUCUUUACCUGUAUUUGAGCCUGUAUCUCUCCUGAUCUCUACCUGUAUUUGAGCCUGUUUCUCUCCUGAUCUCUACCUGCAUUUGAGUCUGUAUCUCUCCUGUUCUCUACCUGUAUUUGAGCCUGUAUCUCUCCUGAUCUCUACCAGUAUUUGAGCAUGUAUCUCUCCUGUUCUCUACCUGUAUCUCUCCUGUAUCUCUCCCGUAUUUAAGCCUGUAUCUCUCCUGUUCUCUCCCCCAGGCAUACAGGACCUGGUGGGAACAGGCAGUCUGCUGAGCUGUGACCCCCAGCGUGUGGUGCUGAAGAGGAUUGUGUUGAGUGGACACCCCUUCAAGAUCAACCGCCGGUCCGCUGUCUGCAGAUACAUGUUCUUCAACAGGGGUGAGGGGGCACUGAGCUGAGCACUACAUGUUUCCCAGUAAUACCCACAUAACUUCUCAGUCUGUCCCAAAUGGUACCCCAUUCCCUUUAUAGUGCACUACUUUUGACCAGGUCCAUUUGGCCCACAACUUCUGUCGUACUACCAACGUGGAAAGGAAAUGGCUCUGACUCACCUGUGGUUUUCAUGAUGCAUUUUCAUUUUAAUUGACCUCUGUACUCUUUUCUCUCUGAUAGACGACAUCCUGUGGUUUAAGCCUGUUGAGCUGAGAACCAAGUGGGGCCGGAGAGGACACAUCAAGGAGGCCCUAGGUACAGAGGAAACCUAAUCCUUGUCAAUACUGUUCAGUGACAUGAAAGAAUGUUGCCUUCAUUGGGCAAUUGUGAAAACCUUACCUAAACCUGUAUGUGGGUAUGUUUUUCAGGUACUCAUGGACACAUGAAGUGUGUAUUUGACAGCCAGAUGCGGUCUCAGGAUACUGUCAUGAUGAACCUGUAUAAGAGGGUCUACCCUCGCUGGACGUAUGACCCCUAUGUGCCUCUGCCCCUGCCCUGGGUCAAGGGAGAAGGGACUCAGGUGCCGGAUGAUUUUGACAUGGAGUAGGUGGAGGUCUGUUGCAAGAGGUGUGUUAUGAGUGUUGGAGACUGACUUGCAUGGACUGUGGCGAUUACAUUUUCACUCCAAGCGAUGGAUUGUAAUUUGUAUUAAAUAAAACCAAUUAGACCAAAUCACUUGUUUCUUUAUUUCAUUUGAAAACAUCCUUGUGGUCCAGUUAGUUCAUUUACUGGCCAUUAGAUGGCAACAGUAUAUAAGAGGAAACUGGCUUUUUAUUUCAGUGACUGAUAGCUGGGUGGAACUGAAAUCACUGAUUAUCUAAGCGCCAUGCACUGUCAUGUCCCUGUACUCAAACACAAAUAACUUGAUCAAACAUGAAGAUAAUGUUGAGGCAUAAUCAGAGCGAGCAUGUUCAGAUCAAUAAUACUGUUGUACAGAUUCCAUUCUCAACUUCAACAUGUUUGGCACAUGAAUUGCACAGAAAUUUAAAAUCUUAACAACCAUGAUCACAACUUUGGAUGAACUAGCUUGCCUUUCCUAUUUAGGUUCAUUGCUCACUGUUGUGGGAAGUCUUCUCCAGCUCUUUCAACUACCAUUCCUUUAGGUCUUUGCAUUUUAUUCCCAUAAUUGUCUUUUUUUUAAAUGCAGAUAGUGUACAUUUGACAAAACUACAAAGAAAAAUAUCCACAAUUUGUCUCUUAAAUGUAUUUAUUUGAUUGGUAGACUGCUUAUAUCCUCCACACUAGCUACGGUGUCAGACCUCUACAUAGUGCCCCCUUUCCACUCCCUGGUGGUCUCUCCCUGAGCUGAAGACCCCUUUUCACCACCAGCCAGACUCGAGCAGAGAACGUGAGACCCCAUGUAUUCUCUCUGGAUCUCCAACGCUCAAAAGUUUUACAUUCCAUCCCAUGCUUUGUGCUCCACGGAGAAACUGUGAUUUAUGAAUUGUAAUAUUUAUCAUAAAACUGCGCUCUUGCAUGCUCGCAGCUCCAUUAUUCAUCCGGGGUCUCUGUUGGGACUGCACCAAAGAGGCAUGCCAAUAUGUCUGGGAAACUAGAAGGUGAAGACUUGGGGUUGGAGGAGUGGAACAUGAUCCAAGAAUUGGAGGGGAUCAAAAGUUCGUGAAUAUGAUUACAGUGUGGAAAAAGUUGAAAAAUAAAGAUAAAAC